CUACCUAAAUUACAACAAGUCUCACAAUAAUUUAAAAUUACAGGUCGCCGCAAGGAAGAAAAUAAAAACAAAAUAUUACGAAACCCAGUUUUUAACUGUUGUAGAGAUGAAAAUUACUUUAUAGGAGAUGAACUGAUUAGUGUAACAAGUUAUGGAAUCUGCGCUUAGAUUCAGGCCAAAUGGCCCAGCAUUCUUAUCAUCAGGAAGUGCUGGCAUGGCAACUGAAAAUAUCACCAAAAAUGGGAGUGACCCAAUCGGCCACCUUGUUUCAAACCUCACCACCACUCCAGGUAGCAUUACAUUUGCCCCAGAACCUUCUGUCAUAAAAGAACCUGUGUGUCAAUGGAUUCUGUAUGAGGAUAUUGCUGAGACUAGGGUCAGAAUAUGGGAUCUUAUUAUUCUAAUACCAAAUGCAUUGUUUAUGAUGUUUUUGCUGUGGAACUUAAAGUUGGCAAUCAGCAAACUGAAGCAGACCAGCAGUCCUAUUUUCAUGGCUUUCUAUAUCCUGGUAUGUAUGGUGUCAGUAAUAAGUGUGUUGAGGUGUAUUGUGGGAAUGACGGUCAAUGCGUCUGUGUUAGCAGGGGACAUAACUGAUAAGGUACUAUGGUUGGUGUUGAGAUUUUUCCUGCUAGCAACAGAAUUGUCUGUGGUUGUUUUUGGACUGGCAUUUGGUCAUUUGGACAGUAGAACGAGUAUAAGACGAGUCUUGCUGGUCACAACAAUAUCUGCAUUUGUUUAUUCCUGUAUACAGGGAACAUUGGAGUUCAUGUAUCCCGAUCCUAAAUUUCACGUGGAGAAAGGUGCUGUUACAAAAAAUUACGAUAUAUUUGCACAUGGUGGCAUGAUAUUUUGGAUUACAAGUUCAGCCUUCUUCUUUGUCAUAUAUACAGGAAUUUUUAUCUUACCCCGGACAAACUUAAAAGCCAAAUUAAACUUGCCAUCAAAGAAGUCAUUUUACUACUAUGCAUUGUUUCUGGCAGUUUUGAACUGUGCACAAUCAGUAGGGAGCGCCCUGUUAUACACAGGUGUUCUUCAUGGAAUGUGUGUUGUUGAUACUACAACCUAUAUUUAUUUUACCUGUUUCCAUCCACUGGUUUACGGAACCUUUCUGAGAGAUUUUUUCAAGGUGACGUCACAGAGUAUACCGUUUUCGUACAAGUAUCAAAUAGAUGAAGGUCAGGAAGAGGACACCGUUAGUUUGCCAUAUCAGGCCGUGGAAGAUAAAUCUACGCGCGAUAAUAUAAGUGACAGCGGUAGUUUUGACAGUACACAUUUUGACAGACAUGGUGUGAGUUAUGCAACCUCGGGUAGUGUCAAUGCCGAUGUUUAUGUCCAUACGGGAUCUUACCAAAAUAUGUGAAAGUAUUGUGAAAAUUUUAGUCAGAUUUUUAUUCUUAAAAUCAUAUAUUAUCAUUUGAUGUAUCAAGUGUUCAAUUUAUCAUCUUGUUGAUUUAUUUUAUCUCUUUGCUAUGAUAUCAUCAUUAUUAACGGUAACCAGCUAUAACCAAAAGUGAUUAUCCUUUGCCACCAGUAUAGAGCCAGGCAUGCCUGCACAUCCAUGUAGUCAGGCCAAGCUCUAUAUUGUUGGCAGCACAAUAUUUUGUAUAUUGAUAUUUGAAAUCCCUAAAUCUUUGAAUGAACUUGUCUAAAUUAAAACCUGGGUAAAUCCAUUACACACGUUCAGCAGGUUAAAGGGAUAAAAUCAUGAUUGUAAUUCUUUGUAUGCUAGUGCCAACACUGACUUUCCAAUGCCCAUGUCUGUGCUGUUUGACCAGACCCUUUACUGUUGUCUUCAUAGUUUUAGCUUUGUUGUUGUUAAAAUACUCUUGAAGUGAUAAUGGACUGUUCCAUUAUAUAUUUACAUCAUUGUAUAAGUUAAGUUUUAGAAGAAAUCCAUUGAUUUUAAUAAAUAGGGUUCUGCAUAUUCCCUAGGUUUUGUAAGCUUGCUUUGCAUUCUCAUGACAUGUUUUUAUUUGAAAUGUUUAAGUUUUAAUGCUUAUUUAUAGUUGAUUAACUGUGUAUUGAUUGGCUGUGAUUUGUGUUUAUAUUCACUGUGUAUAUUGUUUUAAAAUCAGUAAGAACUGUGUAUGUGUAUGUUGUAUUGUGUAACUAUGCUAUACUGUGAAUAAAUUGUGUGUUUUUUCUUGCUGA